GUUCUUGUGUCCUUUUCCAACUUUUCAGAUAUACGCACUGUCAGAAUGGGACCGGUGAAGGCUUCUUCGUCGACGGCCGGCUUCUUUCAAGAACUACCGGUCGUUCCACCUCAAUAUACAAGUUCGAAGACAAGCCCAGGUCCAUCCGAACCUUCUGACUCGAAUACUGCCACAUCCGACGACCCAGCUCUGCCCCGUGUUCUAUCAUUAUAUCUUCCCACACCCACGCCGCGAGAAAUCUCAAAGCACCUCCAUGACUUUUCGCGUCUCGUCCUGUCGCCGUCGACCCUGAGGCACACGGUCGACUGUGAGACGGACCAGCCGACACUGCACCCGCUCAACACGUUCGGCGAAGAGAACAAGGCGUCACCCCUCCGCACCGGCGAGGGCUGGCGGGCUCUCAAACGGAUCCAGACCAGAGCCGGCGUCGUGGGCCACGGCUACGCCCACCCUUCGAUCCACGCCCCUUUCAACCGGCGCGUGCACCAAUUCGCGACGCUCCAGCUCUGGGACGGCACCGCCGCACUCACGACAUGUCCCAUGGCCAUGACUGACGGGGCCGCCGUGCUCUUGCGCCGUCACCUCCAGGAUGCUGACGACCUGCGGCAGCCCGGCCGGGCCGACGUCUUUCUCGAAUCCUACCACCGGCUCAUCUCUCUGGACCCAACCUACGCCUGGACCUCGGGACAGUGGAUGACGGAACGCACCGGCGGCAGCGACGUGAGCGGCACCGAAACCGUCGCUCGCCUUAUGACGCCGCAAGAACUCGAAUGCGACGCCGCAGCAUCUCGCGACAAGGACGCCCACGGCCUCCCCCUCGGCCCCUGGAGCAUAAGCGGAUACAAAUGGUUCUCGUCCGCCACAGACGCCGACAUGACCAUCCUGUUGGCCCAGACAGGGAAAGGGCUGAGCGCGUUCUACGCCCCUCUUCGUCGCCGGGUCGGCGACAGCCACCAGACCGAAAUGAACGGAGUCCGGCCCAUCCGACUCAAAUCCAAGCUCGGCACAAAGGGUCUCCCAACCGCCGAACUCGAAGUUUCCAACAUGCGCGCCUACCUCAUCGGCGAACAAGGCCAGGGCGUCAAAGAGAUCAGCUCCAUCCUCAACAUCACCCGCCUGCACACGGCGCGGGGCGGAGCGGGAUACCUGGCCCGCGGCCUCGCCGUCUCCAGAGCGUACACCCGCGUCCGCCGCGUCCGGGGCGGUCUGCUAUCCGACAACCCACAGCACCUGGCGUGGAUGGCUGGCGAGACCGUCAAAUACGUGGCCAACACUCACCUGGUGUUCUUCGGUGUCGCAUUGCUCGGGGCCUCCGAACAGGGUCACGACACCGUGACGCGAGGCGCACGCGCUGCGGGCACGGGCGGCGGCGGCGGCGGCGUCCUCCUGCCUCGCGAAAAGGAAACGGCCGACCUUUUGCUCAGGAUCGUCACUCCCGUGAUGAAAUCCCAAGUCUCCAUGAACAGCGUGUCCGGCUUGAGGGCGUGCAUGGAAUCCCUCGGGGGAGUGGGCUAUUGCGAGAACAACGAGGACGGCGGGAUCCUGAACAUUGCGAGGCUGUUCAGGGACAGCGUCGUCGGCACCAUAUGGGAAGGGACCACGAGCGUCAUGGCCGAGGACGUGUUGCGUGUCAUCAAAAACUCGAAGACGAAGCAGAGUGACGUCUUGGAUUCGGUUUUUGGAACUUGGACCCGUCGUGUCCUGAAAGCGGUCCAGAACGAAUUCACCCUCGUCGAAUGUUGGGCCGUGUCGAAUCGGUACAAGACCCUGAAAGAUAUGGUCGAUCGGCUCGACAUGCAACAAUUACUUCGUCGCGGAAGAGAGAUCCUCGAACAUGUCGAGGCGGUCGCGUGCGCUUGUCUGCUCAUGUACGAUGCCUGCAGUGACGGCGACGAAGUCGCCAAGGCCAUUGCCAAAAGGUGGAUCAAGUCGAAUGCCCUGCCGGCAGACGUCACAGCUCUCGCAGAAGAAGCGGUGGAUUGGAAAAAGGAAGUCGAAAUGGAUAGGAGGAUCUUCCUAGGGUCAGAUACUACAAAACCUAACCAGUUACCAGCAAGACUAUGAUGAGAGACAGUCACGGAAUAUAGUAUUAUAUGUGAAGGCUCGGUAUAGCUGAUCUCAUGGUGAUACAUAAC